AUGCCCGACGUCGUCACCGACAGUGAGCACGACCCCAAGCUCAUCAGCACACCCUAUCUACUGGUGGAGAUCCACCCUCUCCACGUUUAUGACAUUUCGAAGGGGGAAGAGGCAGCGUUGGUAGCAGGCCUCGAGGGGGAAGAGGUGGCCUACAAGUUCCGAAAGCCCUGGGAGGAGGGCUACAUUCGCUACCAAGGCUCCUUACCUCAAGAAGGUGCCCAAAACGCUGCCGAUAGGCAUACAGAAAUGCAUACCUUAUGCUCCCUGCGGGUUACAUGGCCCCACACGACCCCCAGGACUGACGAGCUGGAAGAAGUGCAAUCCAAAGCUGCUCGCAUUUUGUUAUCAACGAUGAAAAAAGAAGGCAAGAUCCCGACCUCAUCAGACGCCCACUGGAAGGACUUAAGGGUGUCAUAUACACCUUCCCAGCUGGACGCCGUUUCAGUGUUGAACAGCUAUGGACUGAUCUUGAUGCCCGAUGCCCUGCUGCUGGAUCUUGACGAGCUGUCUUUGACAAAGCCUUCACUCCUGGAAACGGCAUUGUAUCCAAUGUUCGGCCAGAUCGUCUGGCAAGUCGCACAUAGGUUGGGCCAUCUCUAUGGCCGUUCUUCCGAAUUUGCCAUGGAGAAAGCAGGUCUUUUGCGCAAGGAGAAGAGGGCUCCAAACUGGUACAAUAUGUUCAAAAUAUAUGCUAGCAGGAUGAAACCAGAGGAGGGGGAUCACGAAGGCCUCCAGCUCUGGAACAGGGCCACGAACGAGGAGUACAAGAAGCUUAUGGAAGGAGCCACAACAAAAGAAGAGAAAGAUGAACGGAUCCAGGAGGCUGUUAGUUUCAUCAAGAAUCAAGUGAACGAAGAAGGGACUAAUGUCCGUGACGCGAACCUUCGCUUCGCGUCUUACAUGAAGGAAAUUCGCGACCUUAUCACCAAUAUCAAAUGUCGUGACAAAUCUUUCGACGUUGCUGGCAUCUUGGUCUACAGCGGCAAAAAUCUUACGGCGCGGAACAAGACGGGUUUUUUCAUGAGUUCCGAGGACCUUCAAGCACUCUGCACCCGUGAGGAGUGGCCAAUUCCCACCUUGAUGGACAUCUUUGUUAGCAGAGUCCGCGCUAUGCAUGCGGACCAGCAAAUUAAGCAGUCGAUGGAGGAACUCAAUGUGGCUCGAUAUGGGUGUUUGGCUGAAAAGGAUCGACACAAGUCGGCCCCUUGGACCACGUGGCCCAAUCUCGCCUACCAAUUCAAACUUGUUAUCACAGGAUGGGAUUCUGCCAUGGUCAACAUAGUGUUCUGCCCGGGAUUUGCACCUAUGAAGAUCACGAGCUCUCAAUGGAAGCACCUAUCGACUCUGAUUGUAAAGAAGCUCUUGGUGGUGAAGCCCUGGUCAGACGAGCAAAGACUAAUCCAAGAGAGUGAAGCUUGCUUCGGUGAGAUCCCCGUCAUUAUUAACUCUGAAGGUCUUCUGAUGGUCUUCGUCAAAGACUCGAGCAAAUGGGUCCAUGGCAAUUGCUCCAUUUCGGCCCCAAUGAAGAAGCGUGAUCGGAAAGGUGAUACAUCUUCGCCUCGUUGUCCACGAAGAAACGAUCACAUGACACCGCCAUGGCCUCGCCUGAAGAAGAACUCAAGCAUAGGUCCACAAGAGAGUACCGCUGUCUGCCGAAACAACCAGAAGUGGAAUGUCCUGCUAAACGCCAACGUCACGUCUCCUUCACCUCCCUUCCCGAUAACAUGUUUUAUACCAAACUUCGACGAGCUGAACACCCAAUCUCCUUCUUUGACCCACUCAAGAACCAGAAGACACCAGCUUCAUCGUCUCGUUCAGUUUCUCAACCCUUCGCUAGUUCUUCAGCUCACGUUGCCUCCUCAUCUUGAUCAGUAUCUCAGCCUUUCGCUAGUACUUCGGGUCAUGCUCGCGUUUCAGGCAAACAUGCUGGGCCAAGGAAGAACUCUCAAGGUUCAGUUGCUCCCUAGCUGUGUUCCUGAUUUGCCUUUGUCCAUACAUCAUUGUGCUGUGUCCCCCUCCUUUUGCCUUUGUCCACCUACACACCUUGCUCUGUCAAUUCCCUUUCCUAUAGUCCUUUUAAUACACAGGUUUUUGUUGGCUGUUCCUUCACUGUCUUUACCCAUGCCUAUCCUUCCACUCUUUACUUACACAUUAAUAUCCUUCACUCAGUUUCAACUCCACUCUUUUCUUACAUAUUAA